GCUCAGGCUGGAUCCAGCGCAGAUUCAACCAAUUGUAUCCACUGGAGAAAAAGCUGAGCUGCAUUCAUGUGUCUAGGCUAGCUUGUAGUCUAGAGUCUGGAUUGGAUUUUCACCAACCAGAAAAACCAAACACCGUUGCACUUCUUGUAAUGAUAUUUCCAUCAUGUCGCUGUAUCAUGAGACGGCAGCUAUCCUGUCAAUUCCCGCCAGCGCCGGUGGCAAUCUGAAAAGCCGUGUGUUUGGAAAGAAGGACCACAAGACAUCUCCCCAGCAAAUCUACGCCUUGGCCGCAGAAACGUGCAAGUGGAGCGCCGUCCUCAAGGAGGUUAUUGACAAUGCAGAUAUCCUGCGUCUUGAGCGGAAGCUGAGCCCAAUGCUUGUGCUCCUGCUCGUCCAUGACCUGCUGCUGUCAAAGAAAGGCAUCGCACUGCCUGCUUCUCAUGGGCUCAGGGUUUCCAUUGAGCGUCACAAGGCUCGCUUGUCGGCAGAGCUUACAAGAGCUAGACUGAGGAGAAAGGCGCCGUCGCUUGAUGCGCUCCACGUCCAAGUAGAAGCUGCAUUUGCGGAGACUUCUCCUAAAUAUCCUCGUUGGAUACGGAUCAAUGCUCUUCGCACCUCCCUAGAGGAACAACUUAAAACCACAUUCAAAGACUUUGUGAGGGUGGAUGCAAUCGGCGAUGUUGCAGCCGCCAGCAGCAAUACUUUAUACGUUGACGAACACAUUCCGAAUCUGGUUGCUGUCUCCCCGAGCUUUGAGGUUCUAAAAUCAGCUGCCUACAAAUCAGGUGCUGUAAUUCUUCAGGAUAAGGCUUCCUGUUUCCCAGCAUAUCUCCUUGAUCCCCGAGCUGAAGAUGGCGACAUCAUCGACUCGUGUGCCGCUCCUGGCAAUAAGACGACUCAUCUCGCUGCUAUUGUGUCUCCUCGCGCUCAUAAAGUUGAUGGCACAACCCCGAGAAUUUUUGCUUUUGAGCGAAACGGGUACCGAGCCCAGACAUUAGAAAAAAUGGUUGCAGUAGCCGGCGGAGAGGACAUUAUAGAUAUAACCCCCAAGCAAGACUUCCUUAAGGUCGACCCGAAUGGCAGAGCGCAUAAAAAUGUUGGCUGUCUGCUUCUUGAUCCUAGUUGCUCGGGUAGUGGUAUUGUCGAUCGUGAAGGGCUGCCGGAAAUCCAUCUCCCUGGAGGUAGAAGCUCUGCAGCCCAGAAGUCCACCGGCGAGGACCAAAACCGGAAACGGAAGCGCAACGCGGAGGGAGUUGUCGGCGCUCAGGAGGUUAUGGUAGAUGAUGAUGGCCAGCAGACAGUGAUUUCUACCGAGCAAGAAUUGCUCUCUCGACUCGAUACCCUUUCAUCCUUUCAGCUCAUAUUACUUCAGCAUGCAUUCAAGUUCCCCUCCGCAAAGCGGGUAACCUAUUCUACCUGUUCAGUUCACGCUCAGGAGAACGAGCACGUGGUCAUCAAAGCACUGCAGUCCGAAAUUGCGAAAGAACGUGGCUGGCGAAUACUACCCCGAGAGCACCAAGUUCGUGGCAUGAAAGAUUGGCCAGUUCGAGGUUCUAUCGAUGCUGCUAGCGGUGACGAGAUGGUAGCAGAUGCUUGUAUUCGUACCUACCGCGACGAUGGUCGAGGCGUCAUGGGCUUCUUUGUGGCAGCAUUUGUCCGUGAUGUACAAGGCGAUGCCAAUAAUACCGGAUCGUACGUGCGCAACGAUGAACUCGGAAUGACCCAGCACGUAAUAGGCAUGUCUGGAUUGAGACACGUAGAUUCCGGGGAGGCCAAAUCCCCAACUGUGGGCGGCGCAACAAUCGUUGAUGAGGACGACUCGAGUGAUGGAUGGGAAGGCUUCAAGGACUGACAAGAACCAAUGCCAUUUAUCAAUACGAAAAUUUUUGUACGUGUUCUUCCAUCCUUCACUCAUAAAUUGAGCCUCGGGGAGGUAUUGUGAUCCAGUCAUCCAGGAAAUGUUAGAAACGACAAAUCAGCGCAGUGAAAACCCCCGACGGAUCAGUCACUUCGCUGAUGUAUGGUUAUAGACGCCGUAGAAGCAGUACCACCUAGGUUAUGGACAAGAGUUUCGAGUAAAGACUCAGCACAUAGUUUACUCUGUGGCACGGCGCAAAAUAGUACACACUUUCCACCAACAUCCGGUCUUUCCUGUAGCAAUACAUAACCCGCUGGGCACCUUGACGACAUAAAGC